AUGGCAACCCUCUCGCAAAACCGCAUCGAGCCCGGCUCCUUCAACACACCCAUCGGCACCUUCCCUGCAACAUGCACAUCAACCAACAUCGACGCGUACGCCGUAGCAACCGAUAUCGUCGACAGACUCAAUGCGGCGCUUUCAAGCAAAGAUAUUGAAAGCAUAGUGUCCCUCUUCCUCGAAACGGGCUUCUGGCGCGACCACCUCUGCCUAACAUGGGACUUUCACACGGCCAAGGGCCGCGAGAACAUCGCCAGCCUCCUGGCCUCAGGCACAUUGAUCAAAAGUGUCGACAUUGACCGCAGCACAGCCUUUCGCUCCCCGCAAGUCGCAGCAAUCGAUGCAAUCGGCGACGUAAUGGGCAUCCAGUCCUUUAUCAAGGUCACGACUCCCAUCGGGACUGGUCGAGGCAUCAUCCGCCUCGCCGAAACCGCCCCGGGGCAAUGGGCCAUCUACACCCUCUACACCGCGCUCUCCUCGAUAACCGGCCACGAGGAGCAGAUCAACAACAACCGCCCCUUUGGCGCAACCCACGGCGCCGUCCCCGACCGGCGCAACUGGCAAGACAGACGCGACGCAGAGCACAACGUCGCCGACGAGGACAACGACCAGCCCGCCGUCGUGAUCCUCGGCGCCGGCCAAUCCGGCCUGUCUAUCGCCGCGCGGCUCAAGAUGCUCGGCGUCCGCGCCCUCGUCAUCGACGAGGAAGCCCGCAUCGGCGAUAACUGGCGGAAACGAUACCACCAGCUUGUCCUGCAUGACCCCGUUUGGUUCGACCAUAUGCCGUACCUGCCCUUUCCCGAGACGUGGCCGAUUUUCACGCCCAAGGAUAAGCUUGCGGGGUUCUUUGAGUGUUAUGCGACGCUGUUGGAGUUGAAUGUUUGGACUUCGACGAGGUUGGAAAAGUCCAGGUGGAGUGAUGAAAGGAAGGAGUGGGAGCUCGAGGUUGUGAGACGGACGGAAGGUGGUGGCAGUGAGAAGCGGGUUCUCCGGCCGAGACAUGUCAUCCAGGCGACGGGACACUCGGGAAAGAAGAACCUGCCCGAGUUCAAGGGCGUCGAGGCCUUCCAGGGCCGCGUGUGCCAUAGCUCCGAGUUUCACGGCGCGGAGGCGAGUGGCGCUGGGAAAAAGGCGGUCGUCGUGGGCUCGUGCAAUUCCGCGCAUGACAUCGCACAGGAUUACUAUGAGAAGGGGUACGAUGUGACCAUGGUGCAGCGCUCGUCGACAUGCGUCAUUUCGUCCGAGGCGAUUGUGGACAUCGGGCUCAAGGGGCUGUAUGAGGAGAAUGGGCCGCCGGUUGACGACUCUGACCUGUUCUUGUAUAGCAUACCCAGUGAGCAGUUCAAGGCGCAGCAGAAGCGCAUUACGGCGCUGCAGACUGAGCACGACAAGGAGCUUUUGGAUGGGCUGGCCAAGGCGGGUUUCAAGGUUGAUCGCGGUCCCGACGAUGCGGGGCUCCUGAUGAAGUACUGGCAGCGCGGUGGAGGCUACACGAUUGAAGUUGGCGCUGGGCGCCUCAUUGUCGAGGGCAAGAUCAAGGUGAAGCAGGGGCAGGAGAUUGCACAGGUUACAGCGACUGGACUGCGGCUCAGCGACGGAUCUGAACUACAAGCAGACGAGAUCAUCUUUGCGACGGGUUACCAGAACAUGCAGACGCAGACGAGGCAGAUUUUCGGCGACGAGGUUGCGGAUCGUGUGGCGAGCGUCUGGGGUCUUGAUGAGGAGGGCGAGUUCCGCACCGUCUGGCAGCGGACUGGGCAUCCUGGGUUCUGGUUCAUGGGCGGGAACCUGGCGCUGUGUCGGUAUUACUCGCAGCUAUUGGCGCUGCAGAUUCUGGGGGUCGAGAGGGGGUUGCAGUAG